UGACUGAGAAAACCGGAAGUGUAAGCAAUGGACUAUAUAAGCAAACUACAAACUGAAGUUUCACAUUAUAGUGUUGUCCUUAGUUUGCUUCGGUUUAUAAGCCUUUAUAUCUUGCAUCCGGUUUUUCCUCAAUCAGUAGUCUCAGCUCUGUCUGAUUUCGUCUCCAGUCUUUGCUCUUUGUUUCGAUUUUAGGUCGCCUGGGUAAUUGUAUCUCUGAUCAUCUCGGAUUCUUCACUCACCUGGGUCCCAGAGUUGGGAGCUUCUUCCAGAGAGGAAACAUGUGUGAAAUGGUGCUUGUGGACAUUGGCUGCAGUAACUGUCCACAAGAUGGCUGCUUGCAAAAACGCUUGAAGGAUAUGUCUGCCAUAAUAGACGAUGAGACAUAUAGUCAUAUAUACAUUAUGACUGACAGAAAUUCAGAAACACAAAAAAACCACGUGCAAGCUACUUCAACACUCCUGGAGAGCUUUGCGGGUCAGAAGGAAAAAAUUCACAUACUGGAUGAAGGCUGCGUGGCAUCCUCUUGGUACAGCUUUAAACAAGCCGUGGAUGAAUUGGAUCUGAGUGCUGUGCUGGUUGUUACGUCCAGCCAGAGGAGGAACAUGCUGCAGACGUACCAAAGCUUACUCUUCACCGCGGUCUACAGCUUUGAGUAUAAAACUUUGUUUGAUGACUCGCAGUGUCCCAUCACCAGCAGCCAUCUCAGCAAAAAUAUCAGAGAGGAAGUGAAGGCUUUCCUCCGGAAUUUACCUGCUGUCACUGGAGAGAUUUCUAUUCUUAGGUCGUCUUUAAUAUCAGACAGCUUUUCUCAUGGUUUCACUACCAGAACAGGGGGUAUCUCCUACAUCAGUACACUACGGUCCCUUAACCUCUUCAGCAGCUCCAGGCGCAGGGACCCAAAUGUAGUUGUUGAGGAGAACCUGCGUCGCCUUGGCCUUCAGGCUGGAUUUGACCCCGAAAAUUUUCGCCUUAUAAAAACGGAUCAUGCCAGUGAUGUAUGGGUGAUUGGGAAACCAGAGCCCCCAAGCUACGACGGCAUGGUAACCAACCAGGUGGGACUGGUCAUUGCUGCACCCGGAGCUGACUGCAUGCCCUUGCUUUUCACGGACCCUGUGGCAAAGGUCAUUGGCGUGGCUCAUGCAGGUUGGAAAGGUACUUUGAAGGGGGUUGCUGUGGAAAUGGUGAAUGCCAUGGUAUCGGAGUUCGGCAGUAAGCCAUCUGACAUCGUCGUGGUCAUUGGCCCGUCUGUGGGCCCGUGCUGUUUCACUCUGGACCGAGAUUCUGCCGAAAAGUACUAUGCGAUUCAUCCAGACUGCGUCAAAGCUAGGGGUUCUACACGGCCUUACAUCGACAUCAGACUAGCCACAAGAAUUCUCCUCCAGCAAGCUGGGAUCCUUCCUCGCUGUAUCCAGGACAACACUGUGACUGACAGACCCCUCCUUACACUCUGCACGGCCUGCAGCCCUGACACCUUCUUCUCCCAUGUUCGUGAUGGGAUCAAUUUUGGCACACAGAUCGGUUUUUUGUGGAUUAAGAAUCAGUCUGUCAGUGGGUGAACAAUUUGGUUAUCAAAUAGGAUAUCGACUGAGCAGGAAAACGAGUCAACUUUUAUACAACAAAAUUGUAUUCACGACAUAGAAUGUAAAUGCACAAUGUUGAGUAUUUUAUUUCAUCAGGUGCUUUGAGCAUCAGAAUCAUUUUACUGCUGGUUUUAGUUCAGACUGUUGGCUGAGUGUUUUUCACAUAGCCCCGCAAUUCAUAAGUUGUGGAUUAAACAGCUACACUUUA